AUGGCCGCCGACGACACGUCCUCCACCAAGGGCCGGUGGGAGCGUGCCCUGGGCGUCGUCGACUCGUGGGGGGAGGCGGCGCGAUACCAGGACUCGCCCUUUUACUCGUCGCGAGCCUCCAUUACCUCGUCCUCCUCGUCCGGCGAGUCGUCCAACUCGUCGGCCGCCGCCGAUUCCUACCUACUGCCCGACGAUGAGCGCGAGCCAGAGCGCCUGGACUUCUGGGGCCACACGUUCGUGCAGACCCUCGACGGCGCCCUGUAUGCCGCCCCACUCGUCCGCGAGGACCUCGAGCUCGUCCUGGACAUCGGCACCGGCACCGGAAUAUGGGCCUUGGACUUCGCCGAUACCCAUCCCGACGCCCAGGUUCUUGCUUUUGAUAUCAAGCACGUGCAGCCCAGCUGGACAUCACCGAACUGCAAAUUCCUGGUGGUCGACGCCGAAGAAGACUGGCCCUUCGAGGACAACGCCUUCGACUUCGUGCACGCCCGCUACCUAUACCCGGCCAUCACCGACUGGCCGCGGCUAUGGCUCCAGUCGUUCACCUGCCUCAAGCCUGGCGGCUGGGUCGAGCAUCAGGAGGACUCGGCCAUGUUCUGGUCCGACGACCCGGGCUUCGAGAACUCGCGCACCAAGUACUUCGCCAACCAGAUUGAGUACGCGUCCAAGAAGAUUGGCAAGAACUUCCGCAUCGCCGCCGAGCAGAAGGACCGCAUGGAGGAGGUUGGCUUCACGAACGUCGUACAGAAGCUGUGCAAGAUACCCAUCGGCACGUGGGACGAGACCCAGCUGGACCUAGGCAAACGCAUGCUGCUCGUUGUGCUCGAGGGCAUUGCGCCCACGGCCGUCCCCGUCUUUACCCGCGUCCUGGGCUACGACAACGACGAAAUCGAGGAGCUGCUUGACGAGGUCAGAGCUGAGUUUCUAAAGCAGGAGUUCCGGGUGUAUUUGAAGUUUUACUAUACUUACGGCCAGAAGCCGUCAGACUCAGACUCGGAGUAA